CAUAUUGUGUUGUUAUUUAUUUUUCAUUUCGAUUUUAUUCUACAGCCUUGAAAUCCUGUUGUGAAAUGAAUCUCAGUCUAUGAAUUUUACUGAGAAAAUCAGUUCAACUAAUUUUAAUUAAUUAAUAUCGUUUUAUGUCGUGAUAUUUAAUCAAUCUGCACCAUGGCCACGUCUUUAUCAGAUGAAGAAUUUAAUCGUAUGCAAACGCAGUUGCUAGAAUUGAGAACAAAAAACUACACAUUGGGAGAGAAAAAUGUAAAAAUCCAAACAGAUCUUCUACAAGCCAAUCAAGUGUUAGAGGAAACAAAGAAAGAACUGGCACGAUGUCAAAAAAUAAUAGCUCGCUCCAAAAAUGCUAAAGAUAUUGAACAGCUGGUGCAAGAGAAUGAAUCCCUCCAACAAAAAUUACAGAUGCAGGAAGAUGAAUUUCGCUUACAAAACGAAACUUUAAUGAAAGAAAUUUCCUCUUUAGUAUCUGAAAAUGAAAGAUUUCAAAAAGAAUUGGAAUUAGUGAAAGCACAAACUUUAGUUUCGUCUGAUUUACAAAAUCAAGGUGAUAGAAUAAAGCUCGAAGCAGAAAAUGCAGCGCUUAAGAAAAUAAUUUCAAACUAUGAGACUAAUGGGACCAAUUCUGAAGGCAACGAAACUGAUAAAAGUAAUAGAUUAGAUUUAGAUUUGCAAUUAAAUACCGUCUUAGAGGAAAAACGAUUGUUACAGGAAAAUGUGAAAAAGGUUGAAAGUGAGUUCCGAGAAAAGUUAAUGAAAUUGCAGAAUGAAAAUGAUAAACUGACAGAAAAAUUGAAGAAGAAACAAGAAAGCUUUUUGAUAUUGCAAGAAGAAAAAGAGAAACUGUACAAUGAAAAUAAAACCGUGAUUCAAAAUAUGCAACUUUCAAAAGAUUCUGAAAUUCAGCAAUUGAAAGAGCAGGCACAAAAUAUGCAGUUGGAAUUAAAGAAGGCACUUCAAUUCAAUGAGCAAUCUAGUGAAAAUAAUCUUGAAAAAGACAUGGAUGCCACUGUGGAACUAGAUGGUGAUAAGGCAACAUUCGAUUAUUCAUUGAAUGAAACUAGGGCUUCUUUAAUAAAUAUACAAGAAAAGAUCCAGUCCCUAAAUAGCCAAUUGUCAGAAUCAGAGAACAAAGUUAAAACUCUGGAAGGUUUAAAUGAGGAAUUAAACGCGAAAGUGCGAGAUUUAGAAAAAGCACUUUCAGAAUCUGAAGAAUCUCUGAAAGAAAAAACGAAACUUGCAGAAAAGAGGAAGAAGAUGAUGGACGACAUGAAAGAACAUCUCAUAGAGACCACCAAUAAACAAACAAUAGAAAUAGAAAAUCUGACUCGAAAACUUGCUGAAGAGCAAGAGGCUUUUAAAAAUCUGUUCGAUAAAGAGAAAGAAACCGAGGUGAAGCUUAUAGAAGCCAGACGCGAAGUGGAUGCCCUCAAAGACGAGAUUGAAAAGCUGCGAUCUGCCCGUUGCAAUGCGGAUGACAAAAUCAAAGAUCUGGAGGAAAAAAUGCAAAACAAAGCCGUUGAAUACGAAGAACUGCUGAAAGAAAAGGACGAAAAACAUACGCAAGAGUUGGAAGUAGCGAAACAAAAAUUCGACGCAGAAAUACAAGAUUUGACUAUUCAGUUGGAAGUUGUGAAAGCAGAGAAAACAGAAUUUGAAGAAAAAGUAAAAGCUCUGGAGCAAGAUAUAAAAGAUUCUGUUGACGAUAGAAAGAUUCAAGAGAAAAAAGGAUAUGCGAUGGUGAAGGACUUAAAACGCCAAUUGCAAGUUGAAAGAAAUAGGGCCGAGAAGUUGCAGGAACGUCUUCAGGAAGUCCUAAAUGAGCAGAACCGAUCUGUAGAUGAGAUUUUACAGUCUUCUGCUGGUUUUGAAAAACCGAAAGGUGAUGCUAGUAGCAUUAGUUCUUGGAGUUACGUGUCUGGAGGUACAGCCGAACGUGAAAAUAAAGAUGUGACCCAACAAAGUGAUACUUCAUCUGGAGGACAUGAUUCACCUAAUCGCAUUUCACCCACACUACUAGAAUCGGAAACCAAUAAUCUGCUUGCUAAAGUGGCGCAAUUACAACAGAAGAACUGGGUUCUUGAAGAAAAGGUCAAUCAUUUGGAAAUGAGCAAUGAAGCACUGGUUGAUGAUGUGUUGAAAAAAACUGCUCUUAUCCAAUUUUAUUGCAUGGAAGGCAGGUCCGAUCCACACUCUUCUGCAGCACCUGACAAAUUGAGCAUUAAACGAAUCGUUGAUUUCAUUAAAGAUAGGGGAGAUGAAAAUUUGAAGGAAAUAAAUCGUCGAAUGCAGAGAAUGCUCGAAGAAACUCUUACUAAAAAUAUGCAUUUGCAAAAAGAUAUCGAAACUUUAUCAAAUGAAGUAUCACGUCUCUCUAAACUGGCUGUUUCUUCUCCUAAUGAAAAUGGUGUUAAAAGCACUGUUCUUUUAGACAAUGUUUAAAGUUAUUAAGGAAAAAAAUAUAAUUCGAUCUAGUCAUUUCAAAGGUGUAAAGUUUUUAACUAAAUAAUUUACUGUAUAAAGAUGUUCAGUUAUAAAAUUUAUCGCUACGUUAUUCUGUAAAUAUAUGUUAUAAUCUUCCAUUUUAUUAUAUAUACAUAUAUAUAUUUGUUUUUAGAGUUGGUUGAUUUAAAGUUCAUUAGUUGUUUCUGUAAAUAUUAUCCUAUACUUAAAAUUUAUUCAGUAUUUUUUUCCGUCCCUUUUUAUCCCUAUAUCAUUGUUUGAGAAAUGUGUAAUAAGUAUUUUUUUCCCAAGAAAACGCACAUUACGUUAAUCUGAA